AUGGCAGACGACAAAGACCCCAUUACGUGCCACAUCCUCGACACCUCGGUCGGCAAGCCCGCCAAGGCCGUGCGCGUCAAGCUCGAGGGCGGCCACGCCCCCCUCAAGACCUUCGAGUCCCAGACCGACGACGACGGCCGCAUCAAGGCCUGGCUGCCCUACUCCAGCGCCCACUCCGGCGGCGACGUCCCGACAUAUUCCCUCGAGGACGUGCUGAGCGAGGUCGAGGACAAGUCCACGUGGACACUGCGGUUCGACACGGGGAGCUACUUUGGCGUCGAGAACACCUUCUUCCCCGAGGUUCUGGUCACGUUCACGGUGCAGAAGGGACAGCAUUACCACGUACCGCUGCUGUUGGCGCCUUAUAGCUACACGACGUACAGAGGAAGCUAG